AAAAAUAUUGCAAAAUGCUGUCAAUGUUUGUGAUGUGCAGCUGGAAAAAUCAUCACAAAUAUUUUUUAUUUAUUAAUCUAACAAGUCAAAUUAUAAGAGAAGAAAUAUAUUGAAUUACUUCUCAAAUGAGGUUCAAUAAUUAAAAAAAGUUAAUAUACAAUAUAUAUUACUAAAAGUUAGUAUACAAAGAUAGUAAGAAUGGCGGACGAACGUAGAAGGCUUUUGAAAUUGAGUUUUCAAUCCGAUACAGUUAAAAGCCCAGAAAAUAUGAAACCUCAAAAUGUACCAGAUCGAACACGAGAGAGAAUUCGUUUACAAGCAUGUGGUAAGAUACAAACAACGCCUGGUGAACCGACUUUGGAUUUUACAUCAGAUGAUUUGAUAGACCAUGGAGAAAUAGGACGAGGAGCGUAUGGGGCUGUAAACAAAAUGAUUUUUCAUCGUACAAACACCACCAUGGCUGUUAAGCGAAUAAGAUCAACUGUAGAUGAAAAAGAACAAAAACAAUUGCUAAUGGAUUUGGAAGUAGUGAUGAAGUCAAAUGAUUGCAAUUAUAUCGUUCAAUUCUAUGGAGCUCUUUUCAAAGAGGGCGAUUGUUGGAUUUGCAUGGAACUAAUGGAUAUUUCACUGGAUAAGUUUUAUAAGUUCAUAUGCGAACGGGAAAAUGAACGAAUUCCAGAAUCUAUAUUGGCAAAAAUUACAGUGGCCACUGUAAAGGCAUUGAAUUAUCUAAAACAAAAAUUGAACAUAAUACAUAGAGAUGUGAAGCCAAGUAACAUCCUAUUACACCAGCGGGGUGAUAUUAAGCUCUGUGAUUUCGGAAUUUCCUGUGUCUUGGUGGACUCAAUUGCCAGGACAAAAGACGCUGGUUGCAGACCUUACAUGGCGCCGGAGCGAAUUGAUCCACAACGAGCAAAAGGUUAUGACGUACGAAGUGAUGUGUGGAGUUUAGGCAUCACAUUAUUCGAAAUAGCGACCGGAAGGUUUCCGUAUCCAAAAUGGUGCAGUGUAUUUGAACAAUUAUAUCAGGUUGUUCAAGGUGAGCCGCCUCGCUUACAAUCUUCAUACAACAAUAUAGAGUUUUCUGAUGAAUUCGUUGACUUCGUCAAUACAUGUUUAAUUAAGGAAGAAACCAAUCGUCCAAAAUACAGCAAACUACUACAGCAUCCAUUUAUUGAACGUGGAGAACGGAGUUACACUGACGUUGCAUCUUAUGUUAGUGAUAUUUUACAAGCAAUGGUCCGACAUGGAAUCACACCGUUCACAGCGGAUCAACCUGCAUGUUAAAAUUUAUUAGUGAAAUUCAGAUGAGCUGAAAUAUCCAGAUGACAAAAUCCAAACCACAACUGUCUGGUGAAAUUGAUGUAAAAUUGUGUCUUUUUUAGCUUAUUCCAUUAAAAAUAUUUCAACUGCUAAUCGAAAUUAUUUGAUGCAAAUUUCAUAAAUAGAAUUCUUGUCAUGGAAAAGAAAUAAAAUAAUAACUCAUCAAAUCA